CUGUCUCUCGCGAUCGCUGUGUUGGCGAUCGCCUUCAAUUCCAAUACCCGAGCGCAGUGUCUGUGGAGAUUUCGGGGAGUGAAUUCCAAACGGGAGCACUUCAGUCGGGCGUCUGGCCAAGAAUCUCAUUCUUUCACCACUUUUCCUCAAAAGGUGCUAAAUUCUGGACGCAAUUACACCAUUUUUGGAUGGAUAAUUGCAGUGUUCGUGACAUAAAGAGGAUCGCGAGUGGCUAAAAGUGAAAGCAAAAUGGUGGUAUAAUCUUGAUUUAAAGUUGACGAAGAGAACACAUAAAGUCGCGGAUAAUCACAUUAAGAGUGGCAUUGUUACUUUGUGAUCUCUUAACGCGGAUAUAAUUGUGAGUCUGUGAAUGAAAUAUUGGGGAAUAAUUAGUGUGUUGAAUUCGAUAGAAAUUCCAUGAAAUUUUGAAGAGAUCUCAAACAAGGAAAAUGCCACGAAAACUACUUAAAUUCCUCAUACUCUUCGACAACACGUCGCUUCUCUACUUUCCCGGGCAGUUUCUGUCCGGGAGGGUUUUACUGCAGCUUCAACACGAGACGCCAGUGCUGAGUCUGCACUUUAAUGUAAUGGGCGAAGGUGUGGUCCAGGUGAGAUCAGCCAGGCAAGAGAGGACGUACGAUAAGGAGAACUACAUCGACUUCCGGAUGCGUUUGCUUGGCGAUUCUGAUCACGAGCCGUCCAUCUUGUCACCCGGAAUCCAUAGCUUUCCCUUCAAGCUGGGCCUUCCGCUUGGACUUCCAUCGACGUUCUUGGGCAGAUACGGAUGGAUUCAGUACUUCUGCAAGGCCGCCCUCAGGGAACCGUCCGGACUCAUCCACAAGAAUCAUCAAGUGUUCAUCGUAAUGAAUCCAAUCGACUUGAACAUGGAGCCAUCAAUAUUAUCACAACCCUUCAAGUGUGACAUUGAACACAAACUGGGAGUGGCUUGUGUUGGGGGCGGAGCCGUGAAGUGCCGUGUGAUCCUGGAUCGAGGAGGAUAUGUUCCGGGAGAGAGUAUCUCAGUGUCUGCACUCGUGUCUAAUGGAAGCAACGUGACGAUCAAGAGUACAAAGGCUUCCCUGACCGAGACGAUUGAGUACAUGGCGCGCGGAAAGGUAGUUCAGACGGAGAAGAGGGAUCUCGUGACCAUUACCAGAGGUAAAAUCCGGGCUGGCGGCGUGGAUGAGUGGCAGAAUGAGACUCUCUACGUGCCACCUUUGCCGCCGACGAACCUCAAAGGGUGCCAUAUCAUUAGGAUCCAGUAUGACGUAUUUUUCAUCGUCGAGCCCAAAUCGUUGGAGAAGCAGAUAAAACUCCAGCUCCCGAUCACGCUGGCCACUUAUCCAUUCCGCAAUUCCUCCGGGGACAUUUCGAACACUUGGCCAGAAUCGAUCUUGAAGCCAGAAACUCACUAUCCAUCAACUCUACCCAUCUUCCGACCGUGGUUGCACGAGAAGAACGAGAAUAACUAGUGAUAAAAGGAUGGAUUCAACAUUACUGUGCCUUAAACUAACUUUAACUGAUUACCAUUUUUUUGUUGGGACGUCUGCAAAUUUUCUUUAUUUCAAAAUUCCAAAUUUUGCAUUUAUUUGCCGACGUUCCAGUUUUGAGACACAAAAUGUGCUCUCUCUCGCUCUCGAAAACGAAUAUAAAAUGUGCGCGAUUCCAUAUUAAUUUGUGAAUAAUAGAAAUUAAUGACAACAAUAAAUUUUAGGUGCCAUUUAUUAAUGUGCUUGUCAUUUAAGUUUCUCAUAAUCUGGUUGUUUUCUUGAUGAAAU